CAUCAAGCCAAAAUGCUUGGUUUUUUUUUCUAUGUAAAAGCAGCACCAUCCUCUACUUAAUAUGCAUAAGAACAGCAGACCUGUGGAGAAAUAUUGUCCAUAGCCAUGUGGGAGCUCUUUGGCAGCUAGUGCUUGUGGACGGUGGGUCUGGUUCUCACCUAGCUUACAUGCCACCUCACCCACCAGUCAUCCGUAAUUCUCUUUUUUCUCUCCUUGCCCUGCUGUAACUAAAAGCUUCAUCUGGUGAAAACACCCUGACUGCAGAUGAUCAUGAAACCAUAGCUGACCAGACACAGCUGGACCCAGUGGAGUGUGUGAGUCUUGCCCCUGAGGAGACAAACCUGGGUGAGCGUCUGCCAGGAGAGGAGCCUGCAGCCAUGAUUCUGGCCAUGGAGGAGAAGAUGGAUUCAGUCAGUAAAAGGGAGGAGCCCGAGGGCACCGAGCCCCUGCCUGCACAAGAGGAGGAGAGCUCUGAGCUGCCAACUGUGUGGCAAGAGGAGAGCAAUGGACCUUCACCUCCAGCACCUGGAGAGGAUGCAGGAGCACCAUCGCCAGGACCAGCAGAGGACAGUGGACUGGUGGACAGUGACAGCUCUAUAGUGGAAAUCAUCAAGAAAGUACAUAUUACUGAAGAGGACCACCUCAUUGAGGGUGAGACGGGAGAACAGGUGGAAACUGAGCUGCUCAGUGAGACACUAAGCAGGGGGUCUGAAACAAAAGAAGAAACAGGAGAAGCUGUGGAUAGUGCAGCAGCAACAGAGAUAGAGACAGCUAGGAACAAGGAAUAGAAGUUACAUCUCUAUGAACAUCCUCUUCUUAGGCCUGCUCUUCUCUCAGCAUGAACACUUUCUAAUGUUAUUGGGCUGGGAAAAUAAAAAAGCUUUUAUGGAUUGAGCCACAAGCCACAAACAUCAGUAAGAGGUAUCAGAAAAAGCUUUACAUGAUAUACAUUUUUUGAAGUCAAGCUGCCAAGACUUCAAGCAUUUGGAAUACCUGAGCUGUCACCUCCCUGCCACAGAGUGCCUUCUGUACACAGCCAGCACAGUGGGAUAAUUUUCCAACAGCAGAACAACUGUUCAGCUUUCAGUAAGGGCUUUUUCUCAGGUUCAGAUAACUAACUUCAAACCUUUGAAACCUCCAACCAGCAUUCUGUAGCAUAAAGAAUACACUGUAGCACUUUUUUUUUUUUCCAUAGUAGUAUGCAAUUUCUCUUAGUGCUUGGACUAUCAGCAUAUGGAGCUGCUGAAGUGCAUAGGCACAAAGAGGACUGGAAGGUGAAAGUGCCCAUUUAACCAGACUGUAACUAAAUGCAGAGGUUAGUUUUCCAGCAAAUGGAAGAUCCACAGGGUGCAGUGUCCAGGACCCAAGGGGGUGUUUGCUGCUCACUCUCCCAUUUUUAAAAAUAGGUGAAUUGAAAAGCCAGUAGUACAGUAUGUGUGAUGACUUAAGCAGAAACAGGGAGAAAAGGCCUUUUAUCUGAGA